AUGGCUCAAUCCAGCGACUACUGGACAUACGAGGUGCCACCAUUUGCCAUCUUAAUUUUGACAGUUGUAGCCACAGAGUGCCUCGUUGGUAUCAUUGCAAAUGGGAUCAUCAUGGCUGUGAAUGUGGUCCCAUGGGUUCAGAAAAAGGCAGUUUCCAUAAAUACUAGAAUUCUACUUCUCCUGAGUAUAUUCAGAAUAGGCUUCCAAAGCAUCAUCUUGGUAGAAACGACGUUCUUCAUAUUCAAAGAUUCUUUUUACGACAGUGUUUCCUAUUGUUUCUCCAAAGUAAGUUUUGUAUUCUUAAAUUAUUGCGAUCUCUGGUUCACCGCUUUGCUUAGCUUCUUCCACUUUGUAAAGAUUGCCAAUUUUUCUUACCGCCUAUUCCUUAAACUAAAGUGGAGAAUUUCUGGAUUGAUGCCCUGGCUUCUGUGGCUCUCUGUGUUUAUUUCACUCAGCUUCAGCGUGUUCUUCUGCAAGGACACCUACAUUGUGUAUAACAACAAUUCGCAAAGUUCCAACAUCUUCAACUUCACAGUGUACAUGAUUGAGACUAAUGUGGUCAAUGUGGCUUCUUUAUUAAGUUUGGGAAUCGUUCCUCCUCUAAUCAUGUCCACUGCAGCAACCACUCUGCUGAUUUUCUCUCUCAGGAGACAUACCCUGCAUAUGAGAUAUAGUGCCACUGGCUCCAGAGACCCCAGCAGGGAGUCUCACAUGCGGGCCAUCAAGGAAACCAGCUGCUUUCUCAUUCUCUAUAUCUCAAAUGCGGCAGUUCUGUUUGUGUACAUGUCCAACGUCGUCAAUGCCAGUUUUUUCUGGAGUGUUGUGCUUAAAAUUGUUCUGCCUUCCUAUCCAGCUGGCCAUUCAAUUUUACUAAUUCAGAACAACCCUGGAUUAAGAAGAGCCUGGAAACAGCUUCAGUCCCAAAUCCAUCUGUAUUUACAAAAUAGAUUCUGA